GGUGCGCCUCCGCGCAUGCGCGAGCCCGCCCAACCGUUGGGAGCCGGCCGCGAUUCAAACUGCUGCUGUGAGGAAAGGGCGGGCGAUAUCAUGGAUGUGGAGUUUUCCCGCAUUCCCGUCUACGGAGCGUUCCACCGCGGCCCUAUAGAAACGCAGGUACCCUUUUCUUCAAAGAAGCAAUGUGCCGGUAAAGCAGCAGGGCUGGAGCUCAACAAAGAUCCCGAUUUUAACUUUGGUUCCAAUGUUCCAGCGGAUGGUGUGUUCAGAGCUACAAACCAAGGGAUUCCUAAAUCUGCCAAGAAAGCGGAGCCACCUUUAAAGAAGGCAAGCACAAGAGGACCUCUGAGCAGGUACAAACUAGAGGCAGAGCUGAAGGCCAAGAAUCAGCUAUUGGAGUCAGCCAAACAGCAAUUGCACUCCAGAUUAACAGGAGCUCAGGGCACUAUAAAGGAAUUAAAGGAGGAGAAUGAAGGCCUGGUGCAAGAAGUUGAAAAGCUCAAGAAAUUUCAGGAGACUUGCAUGGUGAUUUUAGAAAGCAGAAACAUUGAUCCUGUUACAGGCAGCAACAUCUUGGAGGAAGAAGAAAAAACACAGGAAUGCCAGAAGCAGACAAUGCUUUUAACUGAGAAGCUCAUAGCAGAAUUGAGGCUAUUUAAUGAAACAGCUGAAAAAGAAAAGGAGGCACUUCAGACAGCAAUGGCCAAGUGGGAAUCAGCAGAAGAAGAGAGACAGCGUUCCCUGGAGAAGCAUUCCUCCUUUCAGGAAGAGAUGAAGGAAUGCUCAGCAAUCCUCAAUCAGCUGGAGCAGCUCCUGGUUCAGUGAGGCACAAGGACGAACUGCACACAGUCUCUAUUUUGCAAACCUCGUUCUUAUGUCUAAAACAAGAGGCUGGCCCUGGGUGCAGGUAACACCUGCAGGAUGGCAAUGGGGCAAAGUGAGCAGCAACUGCUGGCUGCACAGGUGCCAAAUGCUCACGGCUAUUGCCUGUUGGGGCUUAGCCUGGAUUUCCUUACUGCAUACCUUGCCAACGGCUUAUCUGCCUCAAUCCGCUAGUGUUUUAUUUCCUUGUAUUUUUGAUUAAACGCGUUAGAAAGACA